CCGUAACACCACAAACAGACCUGCAGCAGAGUCCAGGAGCCGGUGGCUUGACCGCGGUCUUCAGUGGAGUCCAGUGGAUCACCUCAGCCGUCUGCUGCUGUCCGCAUCCAUGGACAGAACCCUCAAGGCGCUGGUUUCGGACGCGGCCCGGAUCUGCUCUGGACAGUAGUUCCCGCCACUGAAACCGGGCCCGGGCUGGAUCCGUGUUACAGCACUGAAACGGAUGUGACUGUAAUACGGAUUUGCCGGUUUGAAAACGGAUCCGGCACAGAGUCAACUGCUGUCUGGGAAUGGUCUCUGAUCUCUUAUCCGGUGUUCUCCAAACUCUUCAGGCAUUAUAGGAGAACAUUCAGAGAACAUUCAGAGCUGUUAUCUCGGGAAAAGGACAUUGCAAUAAUUGGGUGCCAAUAACUGUGGCUAAUGUGAACUAGAGAAAAACAUUUUUUUCAUAAUCCGCCGGCGUGCCGUGGGAAGCGUGAGCCUGAUCAACUUCCUCAAAGAAUGGCAGGCUGUUAUAUCCCCGGGCGAUGUGGAUAACCUGGGAGGGGUUGGCAAUGAGAGAACGAGAGACACUUGUGUCAGCUGAGCAGUUGUGAAGACGCACCUCAUAUCAAGAAGACAUCAAAUCAUCGCUUUCUUUAUCAGCUGUAAAUGAUGGAACCAGUGAUUUUGGCAAACUCAAAAUUCUCCAUUGGCCUGUUAAAAGUGCUCUGUAAGGCCACGACAGGCAAUGUGUUAUUCUCACCCCUGAGCAUCUCCUCUGCAUUGGGCCCGAUCGUCCUGGGUGCCAAGAACAACACUGCUGAUCAGAUGCUUAAGGGUCUCCGCUUUGGCAAAAUGAGAAUCAUGUACCACUAUCUGUUUGAGGAGAUCUACAAAGAAGGGGAGUACAAGAAUCUGGAGCCCAACCACAAAAUGAAGCGAAGCCUGCAGCUGGUUAAUCGCUUGUUUGGAGACAAGACAGUCAAUUUUUAUGACGAUUACCUAGACCACUGUGAGGAGUGGUGUUUUGCCAGCUUGAGGAGUGUUGACUUCAAGAAUAAUCCUGAAGCUGCCAGAGAAAAAAUCAACAGCUGGGUGGCGUCUGAGACUGAUAAUAAAAUUAUGGAGUUGUUGGAUCAAGGAGAUGUGUCUAAGGACACGAGUCUUGCUCUUAUCAGCUCAAUGCACUUCAGAAGGAAUUGGCUCAAUGCAUUCAAAAAGGGCAACGGAGCAGCGAUGUUUAAGACGGAUACCCUUCCUCUGGGUACUAUCCCACACAGACAAUAUCAGCUUCCCACUGAAGCUCAGAUUCUGGAGAUCCCUUAUGAGAAUAAUCAUCUGAGCAUGCUCACGAUACUCCCAAAAACGAUUGAUGGCCUACCAAAGCUGGUAGACUCGAUCACUUAUGAGAAGAUUAUGGAGUGGACUGAGCCGGACAAUAUGAUUCCCACAGAGGUGAAUGUUGAAAUGCCCAGCUUUAAGCUUCAGGAGAAAUAUGACCUGGAGAAAGCCCUGACGGCUCUGGGAAUAACUGACCUCUUUAGUGAUAAGUGUGACUUAUCUGGCAUGGCACCUGGGCCGCUGAAGCUGUCCAAAGUGGUGCAUAAGUGUGUUGUUGAGGUGGACGAGAAAGGCACAGAUGCAGAAGGAGGCGGUGGAGGAGUUGUCAAGACUCUUCAGAGUAAUAAAAUCACUGAGUCUUUCAAAGUAAAAUCCCCCUUUCUUUUCUUCAUCCGCCACAACUCCACCAAGAGCAUCCUCUUCUGGGGCCGCGUCACCCCCCCACCACCUGUAAUCUAGAAUCUGAACCGCAGAGCACCUUCCACAACAGUGUGAUCUGUCAUAUUAAAAACAGUGAUUAUAUUGCAUGUAUCUUCAUUUAAAAUUGAUUUGCUUGGAACGUAAGUUUUAAACAAAACUCUGAAUACUCAAAAUGUUCCAGCACUUAAACUGAAAAACUAUAAAUAAAGGAAA